UGGCAGGUACCACUCGGCGCAGAGGGGACAUCCCACCACAGACCCCCCUAGCUCACCGAGGCAGAAUUGCAGCGCGCUGGUCUUGGAAAAGCAGGCUGCUGUGUGUGAGGGGUGGGGUCCGGUUUUGCUGAUACCACCGAGCUGCCAGGGACGCUCAGAUCCAGGCAAGAAAAAAAGGAAGCCAGGGAGCAGAGGAGGGAAGAGCGCACCCAAAGGAGAAUAUUCAAAGGCAUGAAAGGAGACACCCCAGUGAACAGCACCAUGAGCGUCGGCCAGGCCAGAAAGCUGGUGGAGCAACUGAAGAUUGAGGCUAGUUUCUGCAGGAUAAAGGUAUCGAAGGCAGCAGCGGACCUCAUGGCCUACUGCGAUGCACACGCCUGCGACGACCCCCUCAUCACCCCCGUGCCCACUUCAGAGAACCCCUUCAGGGAGAAAAAGUUUUUCUGCACUCUGCUUUGAGGCCCUUCAGGGAUUGUUAUGACAAAACAUGCACUUCCUACCCAAUUUUGACACCAAUGUCGGUCCAUUUGCAUAAAAGACCAAAUUAAUGAAUCAACCAACACUGUACGAGGACCUUUGUUAAUUUAAAACGGCAAGAUACAUGGGGGUUGGAGACAACAGCUAAGUAAGAGAGUUUGUAUGGGUGACAACAAAAAGCAGCCUCGGGAGUGGGAUUAUUUGCAUUAGACGUUUGGAUGAUAAUGGUGCUACACGACAGCCCCUGUGUGCUUUCAUUCAGAGACGCAUAUGACUGAGGCCUCACCUCCAUCAGCCAUGUUCUGUAAAGUUGUAUCCAUAUUUUCCUUAUUCCUGUUUACUGGCCUUUCUUUACUUGGUAGAACUUCUCAGCAGGCUAAACACACCAGAGCAUCUUUCUCAUUUUGAUACCGCUCGAGUGCAGAUGUAACUGCGUGUAUAGGUUCUACUGUCAAAUUCUGCUUCUGCUCAUUGUUCCGCCCCGAUUUUUAUAGCUUGAUAGCACAAACAUCCUUGGAAGGCAUUGGAGGAGGUAUAAGAGAAUAUAAUCUUGAACAACAUCUGAUGUGUGAAUAUGAACUUUAUUUAUUGUAUCAGCUAAAAUGCGAAGAAGUUAGAGCUCCAGAACUUUGUACUCAACAGCUACAUGCCGAUGUCGGCAUCUCCGUUUUCAGUCAGCUGUUAUUUGGUUACUUUCAGUUGUACGUCAAAUAGACAAGACUGUUUAGAGGUGUUUGACCUGCAGCUGUGUGACACGAUCUAAAAUGACUUUUCUGCUUUUCUUUUUAAUUCAACUGUGCUGCGUUCAUUGGUCUGCUAUUAAGGAGUUUUGGAGGGAGUGAAAAAAACAACCGAGAAGUAAAAAUAAGUUUCCCUGUCAUGUUCUGAUGCUUGGUUGUGUAACAACAACAUUUACGACACCACGGUCCACAUCCCAAUGAUAUGAAGAUUGUCAAUCACUUUUUGAACUAACAUUGCUCUUGAACAGUCAAUGGUUGAAUCAUUGCAGCCAAGAACAAAUGAAGCAAAACAAGAAUACCCUGUUGAGGCAGUCGCGCCACACAAAGUCGGUACGGAACAGACUGCAUUAAUAAUUGCUUUACCCCAGUUAUUCUCAACAGGCAGGCGGCAACCCACAGAUGGGUUGCAGAACAUGGACAAGUGUCAUUGAGGGGUGAUGGUGGGCUGCUGGUACCUUGAUGAAUGGGAUAAAGCCAAAGAAAGAAAUGGCAAGCGCAUUGGUGUUUGUCCAUGUUCACAGACAGUUAAAACUGCAUUUUAUUGAAUGAUUUCAAAAUAGUCACAAUUAACCGGCAUCUACA